CAGAGUAGGUGAUCUGUAACUUCCUGUUGACGCGAGGAUCCUGAACUGGGUGAAAGGUGGAGAAGACGACAGGCUGUCAUUCUUCAUCGGUAACCGUCUGAACGGACCCUUCGCCGGUUUCCUCCUCCACACACCUGACGAUGCUGCAGAACACCGGGAAGUUAGCCGGCCGCACGCUCUUCAUCACCGGAGCCAGCCGAGGGAUCGGUAAAGCCAUCGCUCUGAAAGCUGCCAGAGACGGCGCCAACAUCGUCAUCGCCGCCAAGACCGCCGAACCCCACCCCAAACUACCAGGAACCAUCUUCACCGCCGCUCAGGAGGUGGAGGCGGCGGGUGGGAAAGCGUUGGCGUGUGUCGUGGACAUUCGGGAUGAGCGGCAGAUCGGAGAAGCCGUUCAGAAAGCCGUCGAGCAGUUUGGAGGAAUCGACAUCCUGGUGAACAACGCCAGCGCCAUCAGCCUGACGGGAACUCUGGAGACGCCCAUGAAGAAGGUGGACCUGAUGCUGGGAAUCAACCUGAGGGGGACUUACCUGACGUCUAAGCUGGUCAUCCCUCACCUGCUGAAGAGUCGCAGUCCUCACAUCCUGAACCUGUCGCCUCCGCUCAACCUUAACCCCGUCUGGUUCAAGAACCACACAGCGUACACGAUGGCGAAGUACGGCAUGUCCAUGUGCGUCCUGGGAAUGGCCGAAGAGUUCCGGGGUCAGAUUGCUGUCAACGCCCUGUGGCCUCGAACCGCGAUCCAGACAGCAGCCAUGGAAAUGUUGGGCGGAGACGGCAUCGGUAAACAGUGUCGUACAGCUGACAUCAUAGCGGACGCCGCCUACGCCAUCCUGUCCCAACCGAAGGACUACACAGGUCACUUCCUGGUGGACGAGGACGUCCUGAAAGAACAGGGAGUCCAAGACUUCGAUCAGUACGCCGUCCAACCAGGUCACCCCCUGCUGCCGGACUUCUUCCUGGACGACGCACCAGAGGCACUGGUUGAACAGAUGGAGCAACACGGGGCGACACCAGCCUUCAAACCACCAUCAUCAUCAUCGGCCACGCCUCCCUCCAGUGGACCAAUAGAAAACACGUUUGAUGUAAUCAGAGGAGUCAUCAACGAAGACGUCGUCAAGUCGACGCAGGGCAUUUAUCAGUUUGACCUAUCAGGAGAACAUGGGGGCGUUUGGUUUCUGGACUUAAAGAGCGGCUCUGGCAGCGCGGGACAGGGCCAGCCGCCCGUCAAAGCAGACGUCGUCAUGACGAUGGACUCCAACGACUUCAGCAAGAUGUUCGCAGGGAAGCUGAAGCCCACGCUGGCCUUCAUGUCGGGGAAGCUGCGGAUCAAAGGCGACAUGACGCUCGCCAUCAAGCUGGAGAAACUGAUGGGCCGCAUGAACAAGGCCAAACUGUGAGACCGCCGGGACUGGACGCCAGCUGUACAUAUUGCCUUAAUAAAAUAAUGAUAAAACAACGAUGACGUGUUCAGACAUUAAUAAAAUCUACCUUGAUAGUAAA